GGCCAUCCUCCCUCCCCUUCUGGCUCCCACCCAAUUUCUCCCUCCUGCCAGGGCUGAGGUUCUCCACACAGCUCCUCCCUGUGUUCCUCAGCCGCCCCUGCUGCACACUCCCCUGGUCUCAGGAGAGAGCAGAUGAUGUCCACAGACAUGGAGACUGCAGACGCCGGGAAGGUGGCCCUUGAGACCCCACAACCCACCCACAUCGAUGUGCACAUCCACCAGGAGUCUGCUCUGGCCAAACUCCUGCUGGCCGGAUGCUCCAUGCUACGGCUCCCAGCAUCUGCCUCAACCAGGAAUCUGGGCAGCAGCCGGCUUUUGGUGGCCUCCUGGGUGGUACAGAUAGUGCUGGGGGUUCUGAGUGUGGCUCUGGGUGGAAUCCUCUACAUCGGCCAGUAUUUCGUCAUGAACACCUCAGGUGCCCCGAUCUGGACUGGGAUCGUGGCGAUGCUGGCUGGAGCCGUUGCCUUCCUUCACAAGAAACGGGGUGGUACCUGCUGGGCCCUGUUGAGGAUCCUUCUUGUGCUGACCAGUUUCGGCACAGCUGUGGCUGCCAUCGUUAUUGCAGCUCCUGAGUUCAAUGUUUACCGAUACUAUAUCAGAGAUGAUGACUGUCUAGGCGACUCUUCAAAUCACUGGCCCACCAAGCCCCCCAGCACCCCAGGACCCGAAGAAGCUGACAGGAUAGCCCUGUGCAUGUUCUACACAAGCAUGCUAAAGCCCCUGCUCAUAAGUCUCCAGGCAAUGCUCUUCGGUGUCUGGGCACUGCUGCUCCUGGCUUCUCUCACCCCUGUAUGUGUUUACUUCUGGAAAAGAUUCUUCACAAAGGCGGAAACAGACGAGAAGAAACUGCUGGGUGAAAUUGUCAUCUAGCCCUGCUUCUCUCUUCCCCUGGGGGUCCCUCCUUCCGAAGCCUGAAAGAAGAGUCGGACAGGAGCAAAUAGACCCUAGCCCACUGCCAGGGCAUGACCGUUGCCUGGCUCUGCCCAGCAUCACAGCUGCUCACAGCAGCACUUGCUCUUUCUCCUUUACCUUCACCACCCCGUGCUCCUGCCCAGGCAGUGGCUUGAUAAUAAAGUCUCGAGUCAUUGCCAGCA